GCAUGCAAUCUCUUUAUGUAGUAAGUCAGACGGAAAACCUUCGAUAACAAUAAAACGUGAGAUGACCAAGAGAGAUCAGAGGAAAAGGUAUUACCAAAAUAAUUGACCGUCGACACUGUGUUUAUCAAUGAGUAGCCAAUGGCACAUGCGUCAUGGGAUCUCAUAAUGCUGUUUAGAUUUCUCUAAAAUGGUUUAAUCAUAUGUUUCAGGCAUGGAACAGAGGAACUUAUCAUCAAAAACAGGGUACCGUAUCAAGAUUCCAAACAGUAUUUAGAUAACAGUCUUCCUUCUUAGUCGUCAGUUUACGGUAUUUUCUAGUGAAUUUUGUUGGAAUUAUUCAAUUUUCCCCUUUAUUAUCCAAUGGCAGUUCUUUCAUUUAACAACUAUAAUAAAUGCUUGGAAAUAAUCAAUUGUCUUCCCAUUUCGUAUAAAUUCACGUAAAGGGCACAUUGAAAGGCACACUAAAUGAACUAAGUAACAUUAUUGGUGUUUUGUUUAUUUACUUACUUUCCUGCUUAUUAUAAGUGAACUGUCUGUUUGUCUAUCGAUCAUAAAAAUUCAUAUUCAGUUUCCCUAAUUGAUUAACACAAUAUUUUUAUUAACGGGUCAUUUUCUACUACUGUAAACAACGAGAAUGGCGUUGCUUUCAUUCACUAUUACCUGGUUACUGCUUUUUCAACAGAACAUAAAUGCCGAAUACUACACUGCUGUUGUUGAUAUAACGAAAGCAUGGAGGUUAAGUCAAGAACUAGUGUCUGAUCUAAAUUCUUACAUUGCCCUUGAAGAGAGACGUCUUAAUCGUAUUCGGAAAGUUGUCAAAGUGUUGGAUGCUAAUGGAUCAAUUAGUGACGCCUCGUCAACGUUAAAUCAACAGGAUAAUGACCUAGAAGAAUAUUUAGGCAAUCCGAUUAAUGCUUAUCUUACAAUGAAGCGUCUCUCAUCAAGUUGGAAAUCACAGAUCAGUCAACUUGUUGACAAUGUACCAAACGGUUUUCAAAAGGGUGAUACUGAGGAGUCAGACUAUUUAAAUAUUUCUGAUGCUCAAAACACAAUCACAAUGAAUACAAUUCGAUCACGUGUUAAACGACAUACAGAUAUGCUACCUGGUGAUAAUGAUGUCAGUGGUGCAGUAGAUGCAAUUCUACGCUUACAGUCUACAUAUAAACUACCAGCUAGACAACUUGCUUACGGUCAGUUAAUUGAUAAUCUAUCAACUCCUCAACUGAGUGCUGCUCAAUGCUUGGAAGUAGGUAGACAUGCCUAUUCACAGGGCGAUUUUGAACAAUCAGAAGAAUGGUUUCGUGUAGCCUAUGAUCGGUUAUUUGAUGAGUUAGAACAAAAAAAAGAGGUUGAUGCGCAAGGAACUACCAUUGCAAGUGACGAAACUGAAGAAAAUGGAGAAACUGAACCGACAGUUGGACAAAUUUUAGAUUAUCUUGCCUAUUCUCUUGGACGACAAGGAAGAUAUGCUGAAGCACUGAACGUGACACGUUUACUAAUCGAAGAGGAACCGACAAAUACAAGAGCUAUCAAUAAUGAAGCCUACUAUGUAGAACAAAUAGACAGAGGUGAAGGAAGAAUUGGUCCAAAUCCUCGUUCUCAAUCUACAUCAAAGCACGAUCAAGAAACUGAGCUAUAUGAAUCAUUAUGUCGUAAUGAAAAUCCCUUCCCUACGGUCCCGUCACGUCACCUAACAUGUCAAUAUUAUACUCCUCAUGCGUUUUUUAGAAUUGGUCCAAUUAAGGAGGAAACUUUAAACCCUGAUCCACGUAUUGUAAUGUGGUACGAUUUAAUUUUUCCAUCGGAGAUUGAAAAAAUCAAAGAACUGGCCACACCAAGACUUCGUAGGGCGACAGUUAAAAAUCCGGUAACUGGCAACUUAGAGAUAGCUUUUUAUAGAACCAGUAAAAGCGCUUGGCUUCCGCAUUCUAUGACUGAAAUUACUGACCAAAUAAGUCAGCGUAUACGAGCUGUUACAGGUUUGUCCCUUGAGACUGCUGAAGACCUACAAGUCGGUAAUUAUGGGUUGGGUGGACAUUAUGCUCCACAUUUUGAUUUUGGGCGAAAAAGAGAAAAGGAUGCAUUCGAAGUGAAAAAUGGGAACAGAAUAGCUACAAUUAUUUUUUAUUUAUCUGAUGUACAAGCAGGAGGAGCCACUGUAUUUAACCGUAUCGGUACACGUGUAGUCCCUAAAAAAGGAGCUGCUGGUUUCUGGUUUAACCUUUUGCCAAGUGGAGAAGGUGACCUACGAACUAGACACGCUGCUUGCCCAGUUUUAGCUGGUUCGAAAUGGGUAAUGAAUUUAUGGUUUCAUGAACGCGGUCAAGAAUUUCAUAGGCCAUGUGAAUUAGAGCGUGGGGCAAUUGAAACAGAUGAUGGCUUUUAAAUAUAAUCCAGCUUUAUUCCUUUAAAAAUUAUGCAUCUACUCAAUUAUUUGUUUGUUGUUUCGUUUUUAUAUUCAUUAUGUCAUUACCAACUAAGUUAAGCAUUGAUGAUUUUGUUAAGUCACUUUCAAAAUGUUUAUUUUCAUUCAAAACAAUAAAUUAGUACAUUAGUGAAUACUUCAAUGUGUAAAAUAUAAUCAGUUUUAAUCGAUUUCUUCUUCUUUGCUUCUCUGCACCAAAUAAUCUACUUACUUAUAAAUGAUGACUCAUUAUUUAUUAGACAGUUGAAAUAUAUUGAAUUUAAUGGGGGGUUUCUCAUAUUCAAAUGGUAAUUGGACAGAGUGUUAAGUGAUUUUUUUUUUACCAUAAAUUGAUUUAUUAGUGUGUGUUCCGCAAACUGCAAAUAAUAUCAGAUGUUCACUAAGCACUAGUUUAAUCACAAAAGAAAUCAGAUUAUGCUUGAGUUCAACGCAUUACACCAUCAAAGGGAAUUUUCAUGAUGAAACAAAUGGAAAGAGCAUGAGAUCUACUAUCUCCGUUUGUGGUUAAUCUAUUUAUAUCUCGU